AUGACUUCAUCAAGAUCGAAGAGCCAGCUCCUCGAUCUGGAGGCCGCCAACUAUGAACAUGAUACCCAAAAAAGCGUCUUCUUCGUGAGCAAUGUGCACUGUGCGUCAUGUGUAGCAUAUGUUACCGAAGUGCUCUCUGAAAUCUCCACCGUCACUGGGAUCGAAGUCACGAUCGUGACCCAUGAAGUCCGUGCCAGUCACAGCGCUGCAGUUCGACCGACCGUCCUAGUAAAUGCAUUAAUACGCGCCGCAUUUGAAGUACAAUAUGUAACGACAUUCAACCACCGAGGAGCGCUCGUCUCGGAACUCGAUACUUCCGCUUGGAAUCACCGCGGCUCAGCGUUGUUCUCCACGCCUCGCAACUCGGUUUCUAGUAUAUCAUCGAAUAUCAAAGAGCGAAUUCAGGCUAGUAGACAUAAACGACAUAUUGCCAAUUGUGAUGCCUGCAGAAAAGAAGAACAAGAGAACACUUCUCCUCAUUCUUCUCGAAUAGAGCUGGGAUCUUUGGCCGAAAAGUCUUCACACGCUGGCUAUCGUCGGACAAGCAAGGGCCAUGAGCGCGAUAUCUCUACCACAAAGCUUAAGCCAACGCCAGAGAAUGCUGCACAGGAGACAGCUUCGGUUGUCUCCUGCGAAACACGAGUGGAAGGUGAUGUGCUUUCUCCAGAACAGCCUAGUCCAAGCCCUCAACCGAUUGAUGAAUUCACGGUACGGAUCAGCAUUGGAGGAAUGAGUUGUGCAUCAUGCGCCAACAGCAUUACGACCGAAGUUCAACAACUCGACUUCGUGAAAGAUAUCACAGUGAACCUUCUCACCAAUAGCGCCACAUUAACUUAUAUUGGACCCAGAGACAAUGUCCACAAGAUUGUUGAACAAAUCGAUGACAUCGGAUUCGAAGCAUCACUCGACGAGGCGAAUCCGAUUCCUAAAGCCUCGACUCCUACAAAGUCCACCGAAAUCUAUACCAGCGAGAUUGCGAUCACUGGCAUGACCUGUGGCUCUUGUAGCGGGACAGUGACUCGCGGGCUCGAAGAGCUGCCGUUUAUUCGAGACGUCUCUGUCAACUUGCUUUCACAUAGUGGAAGGGUUGAGUUCGAAGGCCGGGACAAUCUUGACAGAAUCAUAGAGAAGAUUGAAGACCUAGGCUAUGAUGCUGCCGUCAAUAGCGUCUCUCCAGUAACAGGUAUCCCAGAAAAUCCCCAUUCCGCCCAGUCCAGGACAAUUUCUAUCCGAGUUGAUGGAAUGUUCUGUCACCAUUGCCCUCAGACAGUCUUGAAGGCAGUGGAAUCACUUCCCGAUGUCUGCAUCGAACAAACUCUGUCUGAGAAAGUCCCAAUACUCAGAGUCACAUAUACCCCACGGCCACCUUCUCUCACCAUUCGCUCUCUAAUAUCCGCCAUCAAUACGGCGAAUGACUCGUUCUGCGCAAACGUAUAUCACCCGCCCAGCAUCGAAGACCGUUCUCGUGCAAUCCAGCACCAUGAGCGCCGCCGCCUGUUGCUACGUCUAUUGUUUGUCUUCUUAUGUGCGAUUCCCACCUUCAUUAUCGGCAUUGUGUUCAUGUCUCUUGUCCCGUCCGACAAUCCCACUAGAAUGUAUCUGGAGGAAACGAUGUGGUCCGGCAGCGUGACCCGCACAGAAUGGGCACUCUUUAUCAUGGUAACCCCCGUGAUGUUCUACGGCACUGAUGUAUUCCAUGCCCGGGCCAUGAAGGAGAUUUAUGCCUUGUGGAGACCUGGAAGUCGGGUGCCCAUCCUGCGGAGAUUCUACCGUUUUGGUAGUAUGAACCUUUUGAUCUCUGCGGGCACAUCCGUUGCCUAUGUUUCAUCCCUGGCUAUACUUAUCGUCGAUGCAGUCGUGGGUACCAAGUUCAGUCCCCACAGCACGACCUAUUUCGAUUCGGUCGUAUUCCUGACUCUUUUCAUUCUUGCUGGUCGAUUCCUGGAGGCAUACAGCAAAGCCAAAACCGGCGAUGCUGUCACGUCAUUGGGUAACCUUCGACCUUCCGAGGCACUGUUGAUCGAAGACGCAUCCACUAUCAAUGGCGAUGCCCCCGAUGGCUCUGCUGCAGAGGGGAUGAAACGUACAAAUGUUGACCUCCUCGAAGUUGGAGACGUCGUCAGCAUCCCUCAUGGCGCCUCGCCUCCUGCCGAUGGAAUGAUCAUUGACACCGCCUCGUACCAAUUCGAUGAAAGCUCUUUGACUGGAGAAUCUCGACCGGUCAAGAAAUCAAUCGGUGACAUAGUAUAUACCGGCUCUGUGAAUGUCGGCCAACCUGUACGCAUUCGCAUUACUGAGCUCGGUGGUUCAUCUAUGCUUGACCAGAUCAUUACUGUAGUUCGUGAAGGCCAAAGUAAGCGCGCACCAAUCGAAAGGGUCGCCGAUCUUCUCACCUCGCAUUUCGUCCCCAUCAUCACGCUCAUUGCCAUUUCCACCUUCAUCAUCUGGUUGGCCCUUGGUCACUCGGGUGUGCUCCCCACAGACUACCUUGAUGUCACUCAUGGUGGUUGGACAUUCUGGGCUCUUGAAUUUGCGAUUGCAGUAUUCGUUGUAGCCUGUCCCUGCGGCCUGGCCCUUGCAGCCCCUACUGCGCUAUUUGUUGGGAGUGGUUUAGCAGCGAAGCAUGGUAUCCUGGUCAAAGGUGGAGGAGAGGCCUUCCAAGAGGCUAGUCGCCUGGACGCUAUCGUCUUUGACAAGACGGGCACAUUGACCGAAGGCGGCAGCCUAAAGGUUUCCGAGCACCAAGUUCUAGCUAGUGACCCGGAACUUGCGAAAGUUGCAUGGGCCCUGACUCGAAAGAUGGAAGAGAGCAGCAGUCAUCCAAUCGCCCAGGCAGUCACCGAAUUCUGCAAAUCCCAACCCUGCGCCACUGUCAAGACCUCCAACGUCCAUGAGAUUUCCGGACAAGGCAUGAAAGGAAUUUUCACCGUCUCUGGACCGGAGCACGAAGACGAAUACGAAGCUGCUAUUGGAAAUGAACGCCUGCUGCACAGCGUCCUAUCACCCGAAACAGAUACAUAUUUCGUUUCCAACCUGCUGUCAAAAUACCAGUCAGCAGGCAAGUCAACCGCAGUCCUCUCACUCCGCCAUGUCAACUCCCAGUCCUCUGAACCGUCAAAGUUCAUCCCAGCUAUCGUGCUUGCAACAUCCGACACAAUCCGCCCCGAAGCCGUCGACAUCAUCUCCCAGCUCCAGAAAAGACGUGUCGAUGUCUUCAUGUGCACAGGCGACAAUCAAACAACCGCCCACGCCGUCGCAGACAUGCUAAGAAUCCCCCGCUCAAACGUCAUGGCCAAUGUCCUCCCAGCAGAGAAAGCUAGCUUCGUCCGCCAGAUCCAAGAAGGAUCCUCAGACACACCUACAACAACCAGUAACACCAAACAAUCCCGUCCAAUCGUCGCCUUCGUCGGUGAUGGCGUGAACGACUCCCCCGCCCUAGCCGCAGCAGAUGUGAGCAUCGCAAUGGCCUCCGGCUCAGACGUGGCAAUCAACUCCGCGAGUUUCAUCCUGCUAAACUCAGACCUGAGCACGAUAUUACAACUAGUCCUGCUGAGUCGCCGAGUGUUUAAUCGCGUGCGGAUGAAUUUCGGCUGGGCCGUUGUUUACAAUCUCUGUUUGGUGCCUGUUGCGGCUGGAGUCUUCUAUCCCAUUGUCAGUGGGCACCAUUAUAAUUCUGUUGGUGGGGAGAUGGUUAUGGUUAAUGAGCAUUGGAGACUUAGUCCUGUGUGGGCUGCGUUGGCUAUGGCUUUGAGUAGUAUUUCUGUUGUUGCGAGUAGUCUUGCUUUGAGGAUUGAUAUGGGGAGCCUUACGAGGAUUUUUAGGAGGAGUAAAUAG